UGUAUAUAAAGAGUUUUUUUCUCUUACAUUCAAAGAAACGUCACCAUGAAGACCCUGGUAUUUCUUGCUUUGCUUGGAGCAGCGUUUGCUGCAGCUGAGGAUAAGAUUGUCGGAGGUUCUGAGUGUCCCAGAAACUCGGUUCCCUAUCAGGUUUCUCUGAACGCCGGGUAUCACUUCUGUGGUGGAUCCCUCAUCUCCAGCCAGUGGGUGGUGUCAGCUGCUCACUGCUACAAGUCUCGUAUCCAGGUCCGCCUUGGCGAACACAACAUCGCUGUGAAUGAGGGCACGGAGCAGUGGAUUGAUGGCGUCAAGAUGAUCAAGCACCCACAGUACAACAGCAACAAUCUAGACAACGACAUCAUGCUGAUCAAACUGAGCCGCCCUGCCACCCUCAACAGCAACGUCCGGACCGUAUCCCUGCCCUCCCGCUGCCCUCAGCCCAACGAGAUGUGCCUGGUGUCCGGGUGGGGCAACACCGCCACCAACGGAGACAACUAUCCUGACAGGCUGCAGUGUCUGAGGCAGCCCAUCAUUGAUGACAGGAUCUGCAGGAACGCCUAUCCCCAUAUGUUGACCGACAACAUGCUUUGCUCAGGAUUCAUGAAUGGAGGUGCCAGCAGCUGUCAAGGAGACUCUGGUGGUCCUCUGGUGUGUAAUGGUCAGCUGCAGGGAGUUGUGUCCUGGGGUUACGACUGCGCCAUGAAGGGACACCCCAGUGUCUACGCCCGCGUGUGCCGCUACAACAACUGGAUCAGCACCACCAUGCGCAACAACUAAACGCACUCCCUCACCCAUACAUCAAUGCGUGCAAGCUGACAUUACAACAGCAUAAUCAGUGUUCAUCCUCAGUUUAUUUGAAACACCCUUUGCAUUGCUAUUUCACAUAUAUACAUCUCAGGAAUAACAUGCUUAGGCAUAAUAUUCUGAAGAAUUGGACAAAUUAAUAAAAAUAUACAUCAGCAUCCA